CUGGGGCUGGGGAGGAGCCCGGGAAAGGCAGCCCCAGCCCAGAGCGCAACCAGCGGCCGCAGAGAGAGCAGGCAAGGGACCGUCGGGGAUCAUGGGAGAAAGCGCGCUGGAACUGGGGCCUGUGUCCGGGGCACCGGUCGGGGGCCCCGUGCACGCCGUGACGGUGGUGACCUUGCUGGAGAAACUGGCCACCAUGCUGGAGGCGCUGCGAGAGCGGCAGGGCGGCCUGGCUCGGAGGCAGGGCGGCUUGGCCGGCUCGGUGCACCGCAUCCAGAGUGGCCUGGGUGCGCUGAGCCGCAGCCACGACACCACUAGCAACACACUGGCUCAGCUGCUGGCCAAGGCGGAGCGCGUGGGUUCACACGCCGACGCCGCCCAGGAGCGCGCCGUGCGCCGCGCCGCCCAGGUGCAGCGGCUGGAGGCCAACCACGGACUCUUGGUGGCGCGCGGGAAGCUCCACGUCGUGCUCUUUAAGGAGGAGGCCGAGAUUCCAACCAGCGCCUUCCAGAAGGCGCCAGAGCCCUUAGGCCCGGCAGACCAGACCGAGCUGGGCCCAGAGCUGCUGGAGGCCGAAAUUGGGGAGAGCUCGGACGAGGAGCCCGUGGAGUCCCGGGCACGGCGGCUGCGGCGCACAGGGCUGAAGAAGGUACAGAGCCUUAGAAGGGCUCUUUCGGGUCGGAAAGGCCCAGGAGCGCCACCACCCACGCCGGUCAAGCCACCUCGUCUUGGGCCUGGCCGGAGCGCUGACAGCCAGCCUGAAGCCCAGCCGGCCCAGGCGUCCAUCCUGGAGCCAGAGCCUUCGCAGGACACGGAGGAAGAUCCCGGGAGACCUGGGGCUGCGGAAGCGGCUCUGCUCCAAGUAGAGAAUGCAGCCUGAUGGCUGGUGCUGCCUGCCGCGCUGUGCCUAUGCCUGAUCCCAAAAUAAACCCUCCUCCAGAAUACGGCACUCACGCCCAAAUAAGGAGGGAAUUCUGUGUCCACAGCCCAGCUCAGGCCCCCCCUUCCGGGCUCCUUCGGCCCAGUACCCUGUGUCCCCUCUAAAAGAUGAGUAGCCGCUCACAUUCCUGCUUGCGUUCACCACCAAUAAAAGUGAUUUCGCCUAA